UAAAAGGAUUAUAAGUUAUGUUUCAUAGGUCAUUUUUAUUGUGUGACACUAUCUCUCUUUUCAGUCAUGCUCUACCAUUGCAAAAAGCUCAAGCUGUUGCUGAGGAGACCUUAAUCAUUUGGUGUUCACUUGCUUCAAGAUUGGGACUGUGGGCCUUGAAAGCUGAACUGGAAGAUUUAUGCUUUGCUGUUCUACAGCCUCAAAUAUUUCAAAAGAUGCGAGCUGAUCUAGCUUCCAUGUGGAGUCCUACUAGCAGAACAGGAAACCUGAGAAGAUUCUCUAUAAAAGGCAAUUUGAUACAUUUGAAUGAGAACAAUUCAACUUCUUUCUACAACGGAUCCUUGACAUGCAAUGGGGAUGUGAGUAUGAAGGAUCUUUUGGAAGCUGUAGUACCAUUUGAUAUAUUGUUGGAAAGGAGAAAAAGGGCUAACUAUCUCAACAGUAUUGGGAGUAAUCUUGGGACAUGCACAAAACCAAAGGUUGUACAAGAUGCUGGGUUAGCUUUGGCAUCAUUGGUAAUUUGUGAGGAAGCACUUGAGCGAGAAAUGAUUAUAUCAGCUUCUUAUGUUCCGGGAAUGGAAAUCACCUUAUGCAGCCGGUUAAAAAGCCUGUAUAGUUUAUACAGCAAGAUGAAACGAAAGGAGACAAGUAUUGAUAAGGUAUAUGAUGCACGUGCAUUAAGAGUAGUUGUGGGAGACAAGAAUGGGACUUUACAUGGUUCUGCAGUUCAAUGUUGCUAUAGUCUUCUUGACAUUGUACACAGGCUUUGGACUCCAAUAGAUGGUGAAUUUGAUGACUACAUUAUUAAUCCAAAGCCUAGUGGCUAUCAGUCCUUGCACACUGCAGUUCAAGGUCCUGACAGCUCACCUUUAGAAGUACAAAUAAGAACACAGAGGAUGCAUGAGUGUGCUGAACAUGGACUUGCCGCACAUUGGCUUUACAAGGAAACUGGAAAUCCAUUUUUGUCCAUAGACAAAAUGGAUGAACCUGAAAAAGAAGCAUCCUCCUGUUUCUCCAAAGAUUUAGAGGGAGGAAAUUCUGCAGAUAUUUUAUUAAGCAAAUAUAAGUCAUUCAAGGCUGGACAUCCAGUCCUCAGAGUAGAAGGAAGUCACUUACUUGCUGUUGUUAUCAUCAGUGUAGAAAAUGAUGAAAGAGAAUUACUUGUUGCUGUGAGCUUUGGACUAGCUGCUUCUGAAGCAGUUGCUGACAGAAGAUCUUUCCAUGUCAAGCGAUGGGAAGCCUAUGCACGACUAUUUAAAAAGGUAUCUGAUGAAUGGUGGUUUGAACCAGGACAUGGGGAUUGGUGUACUUGUCUAGAGAAGUACAUACUAUGUCAAGAUGGAAUGUAUCAUAAGCAAGACCAAUUUGGGAGACUACUCCCAACUUUCAUCCAAGUUAUCAAUUUUACUGAGCAAGAAGAAUCUGAAUAUUGGGCUGUUGUGGUGGCCGUGUUUGAGGGCAGACAAGUUAACUGGAUAACAUCUCACUCAAAAUUUGACUUGGUUGCAUCAGCUUCUGCUGAAGCCGGCAUCAAUAACAAGGUAAAGCUUUUGAGAACAAUGCUUUCCUGGGAAGAGCAAUUGCGCUCUGAAGUAAGUGUCAAGCAAACAAAAUACGACUCAAAGUUUUAUGAUCUUCACGGUUCUCUUGGGGAAGUGGUAAUUAUUUGUUGGCCUCAUGGUGAAAUUUUGAGGUUAAAAGCUGGAAGCACUGCUACUGAUGCUGCUCAAAGAGUUGGUUUGGAAGGAAAGUUGGUUUUGAUUAAUGGACAGUUAGUACUGCCCAACACAAAACUCAAAGAUGGAGAUGUAGUUGAAGUAAGAAUUUAAAUUAUUCUUUCUUUGAAAAAUGUAAAUAAUUCUUUAUGGGUAGAGUGUGUUUAAAGUGGAUGGGAUAGAAAUAAUUUUUAUUUUCUCAUUUUAUUUUAUUUGGGGAUAUGGGAUUUCUCGGUGGAAUAACUCAUAAAAAUUCAAAUGUGGUGCUUUAGACUAGAUUCCAAGAUAUGUUUGAU